CACCCUACUAUAACCAUGAAAAUGGUUUUGGACCAAUUAGGCCCCCAGGCUUUUGUAAUAAAUUUAAGAAUAAUUUAUAUGAUAAGAUUCUGCGACGCCCAAAACCUUGUUACUGAUGUGACGGGACAGGUGUUCACCACCCCUUCCAGCAGGAGUGGGUUUGUUGCUGCAUACGUUGAUAUAAAUAACGAUAAACUGACGGACAUCUGUGUUGUAUCAGAGAGUCGUAAAGAAUUAAAACUUGUGUACGGUGGAACAGAAACCAGGCUUGUGCAAUUCAAGUCACUUGUUAUAACUGAUGAUAAUCUUUCCAUACUUGGUGUGAUACCUGGAGAUUAUAAUGGGGACGGACAUGUGGAUAUAUUGAUAACAUUAAAAGACAGCAACAGCAAUUCUAACCUGGUGCAAAUAAAAAUAUUCUGGGGUGAUUCAGAAAAUAAGUUUACCUCUCAAAACGAUAUUGAUGGUCAAGUAAUUGACGAACCAUUACUACUGGAUGCAAAUGCUGAUAUGGUUUCUGAUUUGUUUGUUACAAUUGCAAAUGGGACUAGACAAUUCUGGUUGGGACACGCUGGUGCUAUUACCGGUAACUGGUCAUUUGAACACACAUCAUUUUCGAAAGCAUCAAGCAAACCAGUCAAGUUCCCACACUCAAAUGCAUUUGUUGACUUAACUGGUGAUGGUGGAGCUGACUUGUUUGUUACAACACUCGAUACAAAUGGUAGAAUUGUAUUUGAGGUUUGGCAGGGAACUGAACUCGGACCUCACUUAUUUUCUAACUAUUCAUUACCUAAUGAAUACGACAACUUUGAAAUUGGACAAUCAGCGUUUGCGGAUAUAAACGGGGACGGACAACAAGAACAUAUUCUUCCUGUUUGUAAGGUUGAUAAUAAAAGAUGCAUAAGAAGCAAUAUCUUGGUAUAUUUUGAUAAGGAAUGGACUGAAAUAUUUUCUGACAAUAACCAGUUCAAUUUUAUCUCUUCGCAAGCAAAUUAUUUAAACCAACCAAUCACGUUGGUUCUGGGUGAUUUCAACCAAGAUGUCUAUGUCGAUCUCGUUUGUGUGAUGUAUAAUGUCAACCACACGGUGGCAGCAGAAGCACACAUCUUGUACGGGGGCCCCUGCACCGGUAAAAAAUGCCAGAAUGUCAGAUUCCAGUUUUCCUACAAACUGACAUUGCCCAACACAGAGGGUGCAUUCUCUGCUUCAUUUUACAGCAUACAAAAUAACGGUGCACUAGAUAUACUUGUAUCUGUGGCUUCUAGUAAUGUAUCUGUUCGAGUUUAUCAGAACACUGGUGUUAACGAUGCAAGUUUUGUUUUUAUAAAAGUUCUGCCAGGCACGCCUAUGUUAGGAAGUUCAAAUGUACCAGGAGCUAGCGUGAGAUAUACGUCAACUAAUGUUAUGGGAGGUGUACAAAUCAGCUCAGCGUGUCAAAUGACACAGUCUUCCCAUCUAUCAUUACAACUCCCUUAUGUUAUAUUUGGGUUGGGGAGGUUACCCAAUUUUAUUGACACUCUCACAGUGUCAAUGCCAGUCCCCCUGCUACCUACAACUCCAGGUAAUCCAAUCGGCUAUAUAGCUUCACACAGCACUUGGACAAUGUUGAUUCCAAACUCCAAGCUCUACAUAAUUCCUUACCCAAUGAAUGAUUCUUCCAGCUGGAAGAAUGUUUUGGUUGUUACACCCAGCAGAAACAUCAUUUCAACUGCAUUUGUUUUACUUUCGACCUGCAUUGUUGUUGCAAUAACAAUAAUAGUAUUGCACUGUAUGGAAAGAAGAGAAGACAAGCAGGAAAAAAUACGCGAAGCGCAUCGUUUUCACUUUGACGCAAUGUGACCUGUGUAAAACUGAGUAUGACGUCAUACAUAGUUGUGACGUCAUGAUAUUUCGAAUUUCUAAUUACACUGUGACAUCAUUCGCUGUCACAAUCGCGAGUCCAAUUGUGGUUAGGUGCAUGGCGUUAUUCAAUGCAUAUUCUAACUAUUUGCACAUUUUAUUACAAAAUCUGUUUCAUUUUAACUUGUUACGCAAAGCUGCAUUUCAAGGUUUAGUAACCAAAAGUUAUUUCAGAAUAAUUUAUGUUUUUUAAGAAUAACUUAUGCCUAAUAGGUUGUUUUAACAAAACAAAAUAUGCAACCUUGAUUUAAAAUAAAUGUAUGAAAACUAACUGCUAAAUAGCUCUACGGUAACAGAAACUGUUUGGUGUCAAUAAACCAGCAAGGGUGUAAGUUAUACUGUUUUGUCAAAAGAGAAAGUAUGAUACAACAUUUUUAAAUCUGCUUGUAUUUUUAAGUUACACUAUCAAUAAAAAUUAUUUACUUUG